UGUAAAAAGGAGAACGCGCACACCGCGGCACGCCGUCGCGAAUUCAGACGCAAUUGUACCACGUCGGGUUAUAGUGCAGCGAAUUUACCGACCCAACGGCUCAGGAAUUUAGAUCCGGCCGUGACAGAGGGGUGAACGUUCUGUUUCUGGUUGAACGCCGUCACCGGCCGCGUAUACAUGCGACGCGAGGACGUCGCACGCGGAGACGUCGGCCACGGUUGGUCCGUUGGUCGGUCACGUUACGACGGUAGAAUUGACAGGCGCGGGAAGUGGACUUACACUUGAUCAGGAUGACACCGUUGUGCAGCUCCUCCAUCUCGUGGAGGCGAGCGGUCUACCUCGUGAUCCGUCCUCCAGGUUAAACGACGAUAAUUCCCCGAUCGGAGCUUCCGGGACGAGGGGGUUCCCCGUCGUCUUUGCUCGCAACGUGCUCGCGUACUUCGGGUCUCCCAGCAAACAUACGCUCGAGUGUCACGAGCUGGGUCUGCGGACGCGACAGCACUUCGGGGCACAGGGGAACGCGAUCCGGCGAAUUACGAGGUGGCACACGUGGCAGGGCCGGCCGCGGGCAUAAUUAAUAUUACGGCGUGCACCGAUAACAACGCGUGUACCGUCCGACAAAGAAACGCCACCGAAACCGAGUAAACAUGGCCGCGCGCGCGCGCCUCUCUGGGUUCUCCGUGGCCCGCGGAGCCGUCACGCACUGAGGGCGGUUGCAUGGAAACGAAGGGCACAGAGGAGAGACAGACGGUGAACGAGCGAGCGAGAGAGAGAGACAGAGAGAGAGAGAGAGGGAGAGAGAGAGUGAGACACUCGGAGGAAAAGAGAGAGGGAUAUACCAGCCGAGAGAGGUGUUUGUGUACGCGCCCGCGCGUUUGUGUCUGUGUCGGUGUCGGUGAACAGAGACGCGAGCAAACGGAGCGAAUGGAACAGAGGGUGCUGCAAGCUGCGAACGAGAGAGAAAGUUAGAAAGAGAGGGACCGUGGAGGUUGCGCGGGAAACGAGUAAGAGAGAGAAACGGACAAAUCGAGCCGGUUACCGUGGGACGGAGACGGCGACGGAGAGAGAACGAAUGACAGAAAAUGAAAGAGAAAAGCACCCACCGCGACGGAACAAGCGAGAAAGAGGAGGGACAGAGAGGCGAGAUCGACGACCGAGCUGCGGGACGGGGAUAGAGUCGUUGUGUUACGGUAGUUCGUUAAGACUGCCGUGUGGCGGCGCCACCUAGGAUACUCGUCAUGAUCCUGAACGGGCCCUGGUAAAUCACGAUCCUCUGACCUGGGGUAUUGUUAAACAGAGAAAAGCGGCGAGCAGCUGGACUAGAAUCUUGGUUAAAAAUGUAUGUUCAGGUUUCGGCGUUACGGUCAUUGGAAAUGCGGAAAAUUCCGAGAUAUUUCAGGAUCAUGGGAAAAGGACGAACGCACCUGCGGUCGCUCGAGCAAAAUUUUUGAAACGGAAUUUUCUUGGCUUUGGUACGCAAUACGAAAUUGCUUAUAGGAUGUUGAGUAUGUGUGAGAUGUAUAUAGGAAGUUGAAUGUAAUCACUGUAUCUCUAGGUACUCUGACGAGACUAAACAUACCAAUCUCCUGUCAAAAACCUUCGAUGAAUCUGCGCAUGCGCGACACGAAAAGUAUGCAACCGUUUAUGCACGUUUGAACGGAGAUUCGUUUGAAUGAAUUAUUUUCCAAGUAAAUAAGCGGUCCCGGGAAUUAUUUCGGAUCAAAAUGUGGAAAUCAUUUGAUCGUAACACUAGAACAACCAGAGAGGUCGAAACGACCCAUUCCUGAUUGCUUCUUUAAUAAUGAUUAAAAACAUAACAGAUAAUUCUCUGAGAAAUUACUGCAGAAAUUGAUUCAGCAAUAGAUCGGCGCGUUACGAAACGACACGCGGACGAGCCAUCUAGCAGGAAUAAAAGUUUCGGCCAAGUUCGAAAUACGUCGAGCGGAUCGCGUUGCCAAAGCGGCAGAUGGCCAAGGCUAGGAGUCAAUUGUAUUUACGGAAAAUCCCUUCGAUCUUGGCAACACUGCGCAACACGCGUUGCGUUGCUCCAUGAUAUUCUAACGGUCUAUUAAAAGAGGUCCACGUGGCUCGCCUAUACUGAUUGGCAAUCAAUGAUGAUAUCGAUACUGCUCGGGCAAAGAAUCUUACCCCAGUGGUCGAUAAGACAGUGAAUCGGGCUGGAUGAGAGAGGAACGGGUUGGCUGAGCAACAGGAAAAAGAGAGCUGCUGUUGUGUAGCUCUAAUGGGAGAUGGCGACGCGCUUCCACCGGCGGCGGUAGCUGACUGCCGUUCCACGUAUAAUACUCCCCUCUAGUUCCUCGCCGAGGACUGAAACCAGGUCUACAUUUUAGUACGCAUCAGAAUCUCGACUAUGAGAAGUUUUCACGCGAGCCUCCGCGCGCCCGGUAAACUCGCAUGGGACGACGGUCAGCAUCAUGACGCAGACUUCACAGCAGACCAAAUUUCGAUGUACAUACUGCGCGAGAUGCGACAGGAGUUUCCCACCGUAAUGGCUAACGUGCACUACACGGUGCUGAAGAAGAAAUGGUCAAACCUGUUGCAGCAGUACAAAGAACUGAGGAACCCGGUACACGGAGACAGGAACAAGGCGGACGACGUAUCCUGGCCGUUUUACAGCGCGAUCGACGAGCUCCUGGGCGGAGGGCACGGCGACCGGGGAACGCCGAGCCACGACGAGUACAUCGAUCCCCACGAAUUCCUCUGCGUAUCCGUGACACCGGAAGAGCCCACUUCCUCCUCGAUGGACGCGACGCCACUCGAACCCAAUCCGGAAACCGAACGCCGAGGAAACAACUUCCAACCUGAACCCGGGAUAAGGACAUUCGGCGGCGAUGGAUGCUCGAUCGAGAUCGAGAGAAUACCGGCGAACGAGGCUGCCAGGCAAACCGGCAAAAAUCAGGGCCGAAGGAAGCGCGAGCCUAGCGCCGCGUCGAGCAUCCCGCGGCUACCACGUGCCACGGAGCUCACGAUCAAGAAAGUUACGUCGGAGGCGGACUGUUCCAAGGACUUGUCGAGGGUACGAGGAAACGACGCGGUCGAUUCCACCAGAGACAAGGGCCGGCUGGCCGAGCCGCGUAACGAGGAUGAGGAAAGGCCGAGAAAGUCGAGGCGAACGCAAGCCCCGUAUCAUCGGGAUGAUCACGAGUCACGGACCGAUCGCCGUAUCGAGCAGAUCUUCGAGUACAUUAAACGACGGGACGAGGAGAAUAGAUCCAUCAUGAUCCGUGUGAUGCACGCGGUCGAAACAAUCGCCAAUAAAUUAUGACGCUGUUGAAUUAUAC